GAGGAGGACGUUCAAGUAAACCAGGAGCCAUCGUGUGGUGUUAUUCGUCGUCUCCGUCGUCGUGCAGGUUAUGUAUGCGUGACUUGAACUUUUUUUCUUAUUUUAUUUUUAUUUUCCCUCGGUGUAUCAACAACUGAGUCUCCAUGGAAACGUCCCGGAGUACCUAGCACAGGUACAUAGAAUAAGGUGAACACUGCACUCCCCCACGAAACUCACAUCAUCCGAUUCAACUCCCGCGGUCUUUCCCCACACGACGACGUCGACGGUGGCCAGUUCCUUUCGGCCGUUCUUUUUUUUUCCCCUACCACCACCCUCUUGUGCACCUCCCCUCUCUCAUGUAGACGUCUACUCAGGAAAAGCUAAAAGUUCAGGUGUCGUCUUAGCCGACUAGUCUGUCUGUACACGGACGAAGGCGAGUUAAGUCACGGCGUUCGACGUGAAGCUCGGUUGGCCACGGGAUUAGAAAAACACAAACAAACCUAGUGCAGCGAGAAGGAUUAUUAUUGACAAUCAGUUCUGCAGCUCCUGUUUGUUCCGCUUGGUCGGGAAGGACUAGCGAAAUCGAGCAAUAUGAUUGGAAUCGACUGCUGUGCUGUCAUCAUUGGAUUGGCGGCUUUUCUCAUGGCCUCGUCAUCUGCCACCACUCAAAGCUCAUCAUCUGACGGAAACAACAGCAUCAACGACCCGGAAUUGAUAGAGCAAGUAGAGCUCCACUAUCAUCAUCCGCCCUCAUCUGCUGGUGCAGCAGCAGCACUGCGUAAUGAUGUUUUGGCGUGCCAGUCGGAUCCUUGCUUUCAUGGCCUUUGCAUUGAUCACACGAACAAUUCUACUUACUCGUGCUUCUGUGAGGACGGAUACACGGGUUAUCAAUGCCAAACCAACUGGAACGAGUGCUGGAACGGACCCUGCAAACACGGAGCCACUUGCGUUGAUGGCAUCGGACGAUAUCACUGUCUUUGUCGACCAGGUUUCACGGGCGACGACUGCCAAGUCGAUAUCGACGAAUGUCAAUCGGAUCCGUGCCAGAACGGAGCAACGUGCCAGGAUGGGGACAACGGGUACCGUUGCCGCUGCUUGCCCGGCUACGAAGGUGCAUUUUGCCAAGUGGACGUUGCCGUUUGUCGACAUCAGCAACACAACAAUGACACUAGCAGUCGCGAUAUUUUUUUACCGCCUACCUGCCGACACGGAGCGCGUUGCGUGGAAGGACCCGGUUUAGCCUAUCAUUGCCUAUGUCCAGAAGGUUGGACAGGCAAACACUGCGAAACGGACGUGGACGAAUGUUGUAGCAAUCCGUGCAAGAACGGAGGCCAUUGUAUCGACUUUAUUGGGAGUUAUCAAUGCGCAUGUGCUCAUGGUUUCACCGGUCGGAAUUGCGAGACGGCUUUGGAGCGAUGCGACGAUAAGUUAUGUGGCUACCAGGGCAUGUGUUGGCUUGAUGGCGAUGAUGGACAGACUUCCUGCUACUGCCGGCCCGACUUCCACGGAGCCCAUUGCGAGGACCAAUAUAACGAGUGCCUUCUACCGGGGACCAAAUGUUUGAACGGUGGCCAAUGUAUCGACCAGGUGGACGGCUAUUCCUGUUCAUGUCCGCCACUAUGGACUGGAUCGCGCUGCCAAUCUGUCAAUAAUCAAACGGGGCACGAAGAAGAAUACGGAAUGACAUCGACAUCAGUGUCGCCAGCUGUCUCUACAAUGUCAUCAAGGCAGCAAGCAAUUACGACGCAGGAAUCGACAACAACACAAGUACCACUCCAUCAGAUGGAUAUGACGACUCUAUCCAAUGGCAGCGACGAAGUUUUAUCAACACUCGAAUCGGAUCGCGUCGACAAAGAAACCGAGCAAACAACGACAGUAGAGUGGACCACAUGGAUUGCUGUGACGACGACUAACCUUUCGCGAGAGAUGGAAAACACGAUAUGGACAACGGAAACUACUCAAGAGACAACCAACGGAUCAAUACCGAAAGACAUGCAGACGUUACCGACGACAUUGUCAGAUGAAACGACGCCCAUGUCCACGACAACCGAUGCGUUAGAGACCACCACGACUACGCUAUUAUUAGAGACCAUUACAACUGAUACGGCCAUCCAGACGAAAACGACCGUUUAUUCGACUGGGAUUCCUAGCACAACCGUUCCGAACCCCGCCGGACAGUCCAGGAAACCGGAAAAUUGGGGUUCUGAUGGCCGUGAACGUGAGAUGAAUAAUUUCACGACGCCAGUCAGUCAUGUCAGUUUCCCUUUUGAUCCGACUAAAUUGACCACCAAACCUGCCAUCUCCUAUUCCACUCAAUUUGAUGAUCGGAUUCCCACUACAACAACAUCCUCUACCGUCACUUUAUUUACGCUGCCUAAUGAUAAGCCUCCGGAAGAUGUUACGUCCGGCGUUACAGCGAUCCAUCAGAAGACGGAUGGACGACCUCCAGAGGCUGAUCUCGUUUCAAUCACUUUGGAACCCGAGACGGAAAUGGCGACUACAAGUGCAAGCUCCGAUUUGGAUAUUCCCCUAUCCAUCUAUCCGGAAGAGAGCAACACUACAGAUACUCCGUCUUUGCCAACGGAUCCAUCUGUGGCAAUAACUACCCUCCCGACUGAAGCCGAUAACACCAGAAAUCACACGACGACGGUAAAAGCAAUGUCUGGAGAAUAUCCACUGAUGGAGCCAACUUAUCCGGCACUAUCACCCGGAAUUCCGGCCGGCUCGUGCACCAGUGAUGUCUGCAUGAACGGGGGCACUUGCGUUAUGACCCAAGAAGGAUGGCAGUGUCGCUGUUCGUGGAGGAACGAAGGACGUCGCUGUGAAACGGACAGAAAACUACGAGUGCCGCAAUUUCAUGGAAAUUCUUACCUCAGUUACGCGGUGGCGGACCGGAUGCAGUCAGAUGAUCCGAAUAAUCAGCAGGUGUUGGAAGCUCGACUCGAAUUUAGUACCACUGCGCCGUUGGGUUUGAUCUCUUACAUCCACAGCAUCGACGCUCACGUCUACCUGGCCGUUUAUGUUGAAAGAAGCGUCCUAAAAUUCCGGUUGUCUUGCGGGCGUCAACAAAUGACGCUGGUGGAAACAAAGUACAACGUUUCCGAUGGAGAUAUCCACGCCAUUUUUAUGAGAUUCCUCAAAGUGGAGGACAGAAAUUCUUCCAGUACCUUUUGUAUGGGUUCCGUCAAACUGAACAAUUCUUACUCGAUGAACGGCGAACAGAGAUUGGCCGAUGACGAACGAUUCACCUGGCCGGGUAGACUUCACAUCGGUGGUCGACCAACUGGAGUACCCACUCCGGCAGAACUUGUCUUCUUGCCCGGAAUAAUCGGAUGCGCCUAUACUUUAGAAGUUGACGGAAAUCGGUUGGACAUGAUAGCAGACGCUGUUCAAGGAAAAGCGCUGGAUGAGUGUCCGGAUCGUCGAGCCAACUGCGGCGGAUUGCGAUGCCUCAACGGCGGAAUAUGUCGCACCCACCUGGAUAACAACGAAAAGGAAGAUGAACAACAAUUUCAAGGUGGUGGAUGCCUCUGUCCGAUGGGAUGGGUGGGGGACCAGUGCGAAAUCCGCCAAUGCCCGUGCAAUCCGUGCCAAGUCAACAGCACCUGUUUAAUGAGCCCCAACGAUCAAAUGGUUUGCGUCUGCAGUUACGGCCGAAUUGGGUCACUCUGUGAAAUCGCGGUGAACGUGACCCGCCCGCAAUUCGACGGCACGUUCAUGGGCCACUCGUCUUACCUCAGUUUGACUCCGCCGCCAUUCAUCCGCGAACAUUUUGAACUCAAAUUCAGUUUCGUCACGGACGACGCCCGUCAAGUGGCUCUGCUUCUCUUCAUUGGCCAGCAAGUCAAUGCAGAUCAAAUGACUGCAUCUGGAAUCGAAGAGAAAAAGGACUUUUUGGCUGUUAGUUUCAUUCGCGGUCAUGUUGCUCUUACGUGGGACUUGGGUUCGGGAGCCAGGAGGAUUUUUACAGCUCGCCCUGUCUCCGUCUCGACAAUGGGAGGCCACUCGGUUCACGUCGGGAUGCGGGGCCGAGUGGCUUGGCUUCAAGUCAACAACCAGCCGACCGUCACCGGGAGAUCGCCUGGACUCAUGUCUGUUCUCAAUGCUCAUCCUAGUCUGUUUUUAGGCGGCCAUUCCUCUUUCAACCAUUCGCGAUUACCUUCCGACCUGCCGCUGCAUUCCGGCUUCCGCGGAUGCAUUUACGACUUGGUGUUCCGCUCCCGUGAAUUCGCCGACCGUGACCAAGAAUUCGAUCAUCACAACACAAUCAACCAUUGGCUGCCGCCCGUUCAGUCUGGCCGAGGUGUUCGCCAGUGCUCCAUUCCGUCGUGCCGACUGCGUAUGUCUAAGACCAUUGGAGAAAACAUCACGUCGUGGAGCGGCAACGACGUGGAAGAUCAAUUCGACGAUUGCUAAUGGAAAAAAGAAAAGAAGUUAUUUCAAAACAUUCGCGAGAAAACAAAGAAUAGCAAAGUUAGCUGGUUGAAAAUUUCACUGCUCUAAAAUGAAAACUCAUUGAGAAAACAAUAGAGUCGCGCGGGAGGUGGGGAGUGUAUUUAUUUCUCUUAUUGAUGAUUGUAAUAGUACAAUCUCGUUUGUUUUACUUUUCCGUGACCUUUGUCUCUUUUUUUUUUUUUUGGUCUCUGCCACCCCAACAAAUUUCUAUAAUCAACACACACGCACACACACACAUACAUACAGGAUAUGAAUUUAGGAAUAUUGAAUGGAGAGAAAA